AGCCGGUGUUUUCAUGUCUUUACGCCCUCUCCUUUAAAGCGGUGGUUUUCCAUGCUUCAGAGACAACAAACCUAGCACACAGGAGGAAUAUGACUCUGACCAGAGGAUCUUUCACCUAUGCCAGCGGAGAAGAGUAUCAUGGGGAGUGGAAGGAAGGGCGUCGACAUGGCGUGGGCCAACUCAAGUUCCAGGACGGGACGUGCUACAAAGGCCAGUUUGAGAACGGCCUGUUCCAUGGUACUGGUUCUUUAAUCUUCACAGAUGGAUCCAGAUAUGAAGGUGAAUUUGCACAUGGAAAGUUUCAGGGCCUGGGUGUUUUUAGUCGUUAUGACGGUAUGAAGUUUGAAGGAGAAUUCAAAGAAGGCCGAGUUGAGGGUUAUGGUUUGUUAACCUUUCCUGACGGGGCUCAUGGUGUUCCCAGAAACGAGGGUCUGUUUCAAAACCACAGGCUACAGAAGAGAGAGAAAUGUUCAGGAGUGGUGCAGCGGGCCCAAGCUUCUGCCUCUAAUGCUCGCACUCUGACCCUCUGACGGGAACCAUCACAACCCGAGCUGCUGGAGAUAGGGCUUACCAGACAUGGACCUACUUUUUUUUCCACAUUUUCUAAUAUUUUAUACUACAAAUGCCUUGUUAAGCCUCUGCAGUGUCUUGCAACGCAUACAUUUAUGGAUCAACCGAAUGAUUUCAGCACAAAACUAUUAAGCACAUCAACAGGCAUCUGUGUCGUGUUUGCGUGCGUGAGGUUUUUUUUUUGUCUUGCUUUGUAUUGCAAGAGGUUUUCGCCAUUUCCAUCUUCACAUUUAUGCAUAGUGGUACGGCUCUGCAUGCCACUACUGUAGGGAAAUGUGUUUUGUCACUUGCAUUUGGAUUCAGUUUUUUCACAAAUGCCUUAAAGUCAUUUUGUGCAUGGAAAUAUAGGUCAAGGGUGCCUAGUUGAAAAUCAGAUGAUGUACAGUGGCCUCUCUUUUCCCUCUGCAUCAUCUCCCCUAAAGAGACUGUCAUCCUAAUGAAAUUCAAGUCAGUUUGAAGAAUGUCUUGGCUUGGCUUGUUUAUCUGUUGGUUUCACCCAAGCACUUCGUCUCUGCUAACUAGAGCCAUUGCUGAUUGGUUGAGCUUAAAUAAAAAACAAACAAGAAAACACAUCCCAUCAUGGUUGAUAAAAAUGUACUUAUUUGGCUUAAAUUAAAAGGAAAAACAAGAUGGCAGCUAGGCACAAAUAAACCGUGUACCAUAUUGCAACGACCAUUGAAAAAAGACUAUGUUCUACAGUGAAAAAAACAUAUACAUCUAAGUGCAUUUCGUGCUUUCACUUUGUAAGUAGCACCUGGAUUUGUUUUCCAAGCAUGGGGUUGCUGAAAAGAGUCCACUGGCUUGUGAAUAGUGUAUUUAUUUGUUAUCCUAAAUUAAAGAAUAUUUGACUUGUUAUACUUGAAGCUAUCAGGCCUUAUACACAGUUUUGUACAUGUAUCUUGUCUAGGGUUGAAAGCAUUUUGCAACCAAAGACCAUAUCAUUUUGUGGAGUGUUUUGUUUAUUUGUUUUUUCAUCAAAUCAAUAAAAAUAUCAUAAUCUACCUG